AAUUAAAAAGUGUUUUAUAAUCAUUUAACUAGGUACCUAAGAAGUAAUUACUCGUUCUGAGUUCAUUCGCUCUGUGGACUUUCAUCUCCUGAGCUCAACUCAAAAGAAGAUGCUCAAUACUUGCCCUCUGUACACAGACCUAACCAGAUAUCCAUUAACCGGCUAGCAAAAGAAGAAGAAGCACUGUGUCGGGUCAUCUCUCUGUAAUAUCUGUAAUUUCGCGGCUAGAACAGCUUACAUUUCAAUCAUUACAUCUGUCCUGUCCACAGCGAUUGUGCACGCGAUUAUGGACUCGAAAGCGAGCAAAAAGAAAGUCUCCGGGUCGGCGAAGUUUACCGAACACGCUGUGGAUCUAUUAAAACGCGACUAUCCUAACUCGCGAUUUAACAAGUACGACGACGCCCGCGACGGUCCACAGCUUGUCGACGUGAACAGCCAACGGUACGAACAACUUUCGAAUCGCAUCCAUCAAACAUUUGCAAAUUGCGAAAUCAGUCAGAUACGCCAAGUCUACGCCCCGCAUAUGUACGCCAUGUAUAUGCUGCGCUGUGAAGAAAUGAAAUUGAUUGUUGGCCAAAAUAAGGUCAAAAAGUUAAUUUUGUACCACGUGACAACCGAAUCCAGAGCCCUGGAGUCACUGGAGAGUGGACUCGAUUGGAGGCGCACUCGGCGUGCCAAGUUCGGGUGCGGCGUGUCGUUCAGUGACGACGCCGACUACGCUAAUUUCUACGCCGAUAAUUCCCUCGGAGGAACACGAGUGAUUAUGAUAUGCUCCGUGCUGGUGAGAAAAAAGUACGACAUCCCCGCAGAAGACAACGGGGACAGCCUGAUCGUACCGCCCGGCCGUGCAGACACGACGGUUAGCCACAACGGCCGCGUAUACGUAAAGUACAACGAUUAUGAUUUUUAUCCAAAGUACUUUGUGUACUACACUCGGAGAUCCGAACACAUGACCGAGAGCAAAUAUUUCCGUGGCAACACCCGCCGGGCGAGGUCGAUGGGAUUAGUUGGAUCGAUGAGAGCUAUGAAUCUUUAUUGAUUUUGAACGAUUCUUGAACGUUGUUUUCGGCUGUUUUUAUUUUUACGCAACCGGACUUUAUAAUGGUAUUACUAGUAUUAUCCGUAUAACUAUUUCUAUUGUACAUAAUAUUGUCUAUAAUAUUCAUAAAAGUAUAAAACAUUGAUUUUUUUUCCAAAAUAUUUCGCUCAGCAAAGGCCGAGUACAGCUUACAUUUUUAAUUUUCUCUGUUCAGUAUUCAUUUACGUCGUCAUAUUCAUACGUAUACUUAUGCAUGAACGAUUCCUACCAAUAACUUACUAUUACAAUUUACAGAUGGUAUUUUUAACGUAAUUUAACUGUACACAAGUUUCAUUAUAUACGUACA